AUGGCCCCCGUCCCCGCACUCGCCGGCAUUCUGCUCGCCCUCGUUGCGAUGGCUGUCGCCGUCCACCCGCACGCGCCCGCGCCCGCGCCAGCCCCCUCGCCGGAGGAGUCCGAGUCAACGUCGCCGUCGAAAGCACGGGCCGGGGAACCCAAUGCGGCACCCGCCGGAGCACCUGAUGAUGGCUGGGAGAGGGAGAGUCCGUGGAUGUCCCCCGCCGAGGCCCCGGCGCCCCACGGCGGCGACGAAAACGAAGGGCCCGCUGCUUCCCCGGAGGAAGACGAAGGCGCGCCCGCCAUGGCACCAGGCUUCGACGCUAACGGCCCUGCCGCCGCUUCGCCGGAUGAAGAAGAAGAAGCGCCCACGAUGGCGCCGCACAUUUCUCCCUUCGGGAGCGAGUCGCCGGAGGAAGCGCCCACGAUGGCGCCGGACAUCUCUCCCUUCGCGAGCGAGUCGCCGGAGGAAGGGCCCACGAUGGCACCGGACCUCUCUCCGAGCGAGUCGCCGGAGGAAGGCCCCGCGGGCGCCCCAGAAGAAUACGAGGACUCCCAUAUCGCCGCUCCCCCGCUGGACGAGGACGCGCCCACCAUGGCGCCGGCCUUCGCUCCCUUCGGGCCCAGCCCCAGCGAGUCGCCGGAGGAGUCGUCUGAGGCCCCAGCCGGCGCCCCGGAGGCGGAGGCCGAGGCCGAGAGCCCGUCCCCCGAGACAGCCGUCGCCCCGUCCUCCGAAGACUACGGCGUGUUAGAAGAGGAGGUGGUAGUACUCUCGCCUGACGGGCAGUCGGCCGCGGUGAGCACCAGCCCGGAAACCGAGGAAAGCCCGGCCAAGGCGACUACCCCCGCGGCCGCGGAGGCUCCAGGCCCCUCAUCCGACGGCGACGGCGAGGACGACAGCGGCGCGAGCGAGGGCGCCACGCGUCGCAGCCUCGUGGCUGCCGUCAUCGUCGCGGCCAUGUCCGCCGUCGCUGCUUUCUGA